GACGCCCUGGGCCGCUGCCACGCGCGGGCGCUAUUCUCCACCCACCUGCGGCCUGAAGAUGCCUGAGGCCCGGACUCUCAGACCCCUAUUGCCCUUUGGUCCUGGAGGCCCAGCCGCAGCCUGAAGCCCAAGAGAGUGGAGCCUCGCGAAAUGAGGAACCUGGCACAAGGUUUGCUUGGAAGCAGGAAAGACAGAGCGUGGCUACGUGCCCUAUUUGCCAUUAACGCUUUCUUGCAUGGCAGUGAGAGAUGAGGGCAAGGGAGGUGGCAUAAUGCUCCCGGUCACUUGGGACUCGGAGAGACGGCAUUUAAUAAAUCACACGCGGUAUUUGCGAAACAGUGGUCGAGAUUCGUCUUCCCGGCUUCAUUGCGUCAUUAAUAGGUGGGAACAGUACCCCUGUGUUGAGGCUGCAGAGGCCCGAAUUGGUUUUCCCAAGACAGAGGGGCAUAUGAAAUUGAACAAAUAUUUGUUGAAUGAAUGAACAAAGGGAACGCCUUUUAGGGAUGUUUCUGGGGAAAGGCCUGAGGUUCUCCAGGAGGGUCUGCAGCUAGGGUCGGCCGUGGGGGCGCGCAGCCCGCGGGACCACCGGACCUGCAAGCGUCCCCCUGCCCCGCCCCUGCCUCGGCGCUCUGAGCAAUUGGACUCUGCCAGCUCUAACUCCGGCGGGACGCUGAAACUGCAGGCAAGAGCCGAGGUGGAGGCCUGAAUUUUGAUCUAUGUUCUACCUACAUCCAGCUGGCUGAAAGUACUUGAUGAUCACAUGACCCUGGACAUGGAUGCUGUUCUGUCAGAUUUUGUCCGUUCCACAGGAGCAGAGCCAGGGCUAGCACGAGAUCUCCUAGAAGGAAAGAAUUGGGAUGUGAGUGCUGCCCUCAGUGAUUUUGAACAGCUACGUCAAGUCCAUGCUGGGAACCUACCCCCAUCCUUUAGUGAGGGGAGUGGUGGCUCCAGGACCCCUGAAAAAGGGUUUUCUGACAGAGAGCCUACUCGCCCUCCCCGACCCAUCCUCCAACGGCAGGAUGACAUCGUUCAAGAAAAACGCCUGUCUAGGGGCAUCUCCCACGCCAGCUCCAGCAUUGUUUCCCUGGCCCGGUCCCAUGUCUCCUCCAAUGGUGGGGGUGGGGGGAGCAAUGAGCACCCCCUGGAAAUGCCCAUCUGUGCCUUCCAGCUUCCAGAUCUCACUGUGUAUAAUGAAGACUUCCGCAGCUUCAUAGAGAGAGACCUCAUUGAGCAGUCCAUGCUGGUUGCCUUGGAACAGGCAGGGCGUUUGAACUGGUGGGUGAGUGUGGAUCCCACCUCUCAGAGGCUGCUUCCUUUGGCAACUACUGGAGAUGGGAACUGCCUCCUGCAUGCAGCCUCCCUUGGAAUGUGGGGUUUCCAUGAUCGGGACUUGAUGCUGCGGAAAGCUUUGUAUGCACUGAUGGAGAAGGGAGUUGAGAAGGAAGCAUUGAAACGGCGCUGGAGGUGGCAGCAGACACAGCAGAAUAAAGAGUCAGGGCUGGUAUACACAGAAGAUGAAUGGCAGAAGGAGUGGAAUGAACUGAUCAAGCUUGCCUCAAGUGAACCCCGAAUGCACCUAGGUACCAAUGGAGCCAACUGUGGUGGGGUGGAGAGUUCUGAGGAGCCUGUAUAUGAGAGCCUUGAAGAGUUUCACGUCUUUGUCCUUGCUCAUGUGCUUAGGAGGCCCAUAGUCGUCGUGGCAGACACCAUGCUGAGGGACUCCGGAGGGGAAGCAUUUGCCCCUAUUCCCUUUGGAGGAAUCUAUCUGCCUUUGGAGGUCCCAGCCAGCCAGUGUCACCGCUCCCCUCUGGUGCUUGCCUAUGAUCAGGCCCACUUUUCUGCACUCGUGUCCAUGGAGCAGAAGGAGAAUACCAAGGAACAAGCUGUGAUCCCACUUACAGAUUCAGAGUAUAAGCUGCUGCCCUUGCACUUUGCUGUGGACCCUGGAAAAGGCUGGGAGUGGGGCAAAGAUGACAGUGACAAUGUCCGAUUGGCCAGUGUAAUUCUGUCCCUAGAGGUCAAAUUGCAUCUGCUGCAUAGCUACAUGAAUGUGAAGUGGAUCCCACUGUCCUCUGAUGCACAGGCUCCUCUGGCCCAGCCUGAGUCCCCCACCGCCUCAGCUGGAGAUGAGCCCCGGUCCACUCCUGAGUCUGGAGACUCAGACAAGGAGUCAGUUGGCAGCAGUUCCACCAGCAACGAAGGUGGCUGGCGGAAGGAGAAGUCAAAGCGAGAUCGGGAGAAGGACAAGAAGAGAGCAGAUUCUGUGGCUAACAAACUGGGCAGCUUUGGCAAAACCUUGGGCAGCAAGCUCAAGAAGAACAUGGGGGGCCUGAUGCACAGCAAGGGUUCGAAGCCUGGAGGGGUGGGGACAGGGUCGGGGGGAAGCAGUGGCACUGAGACACUGGAGAAGAAGAAGAAAAACUCACUGAAGAGCUGGAAGGGUGGCAAGGAGGAGGCAGCUGGGGAUGGGCCUGUGUCUGAGAAGCCCCCAGCUGAGUCUGUUGGUAACGGAGGGAGCAAGUAUAGCCAGGAGGUGAUGCAGAGCCUGAGCAUUCUGAGGACUGCCAUGCAAGGGGAGGGGAAGUUUAUUUUUGUUGGAACCCUGAAGAUGGGUCACCGUCACCAGUAUCAGGAGGAGAUGAUCCAGCGCUACCUUUCUGAUGCUGAGGAGAGAUUCCUGGCAGAACAGAAGCAGAAGGAGGCAGAGAGGAAGAUCAUGAAUGGAGGAAUAGGGGGUGGCCCUCCUCCAGCCAAAAAGCCAGAGCCAGAUGCUAGGGAAGAGCAGCCGACCGGUCCCCCAGCAGAGUCCAGGGCAAUGGCAUUUUCCACUGGCUACCCUGGGGACUUUACUAUCCCUCGGCCUUCUGGGGGUGGAGUCCACUGCCAGGAACCCCGGAGGCAGUUGGCAGGGGGUCCAUGUGUCGGGGGUCUACCACCAUAUGCCACCUUCCCCAGACAGUGCCCUCCUGGGCGACCCUACCCCCACCAGGACAGCAUCCCUUCUCUGGAGCCAGGAAGCCACUCUAAGGAUGGACUUCACAGGGGUACCUUGUUACCACCCCCCUACCGAGUGGCUGAUUCCUACAGCAAUGGCUACAGAGAGCCCCCUGAGCCAGAUGGAUGGGCUGGAGGUCUCCGGGGGCUUCCCCCAACUCAGACCAAAUGCAAACAACCGAACUGCAGCUUCUAUGGACACCCUGAGACAAACAACUUCUGUUCCUGUUGUUACAGGGAAGAACUGAGGAGGAGGGAGCGGGAACUGGAUGGGGAGCUCCUGGUGCACAGGUUCUGAACGGGUGGAACAUUGAAGGGCAAGGAGGCUAAACAAAGUUAAGCUCAACUAAUUGGCUCAUCAAGAACACAGUCCCCAUGUUGAGGGGGCAAAUGCAGUAAUGUUUGUGGGAGCCUGGCUGGAAACUUUUAAAUGUGUGCACACAGUGCUGUCAGGCUGGCAAGAGCAGGUCGGGGCUGGAUGGCACCUCAGGGGCUGUACUAUUCCUCUGCAGAGCUUGACUUGAUGAGAUUUGAGGUACAAGGGGGAAAGAUGGCGAUUCUGUCUUAUAACCUCCUGGGUCCCAUCCAGGGACCUAAGAGAAAGUAGCAGGGGAAGGUUUGGUGUGUGGGGGUGGGAGGUGGGCAGAAGUCUUGGGGAGGAAUGGGCAAAGGAGGUUCUCAGUCAAUAAAACCAAAGUUCUUUAGGUUGGGAAAAAGCACAUGGUGGUGGAGUGAGAAGUGUGGAGGGGAAGUGGGAAAUUGGACACAUUUGCUAUUGAUUUGAAUUAAGGUAGAAAUUAAGGUUGGAUAAAUUCUUCCCCUUGAAGGAUCUGGAAAGACAAGGCAGUAAUGUGUCCUCAUGGGUGCCUGUUAGGAGGUGGGGGUAGUUUAAAUCCGUUUGUUUAGAUGGGAAAGGGAGGAACUUAAAAGGGAAAUCCUUUUCCUCUUAAGCUUUAUUUCCUUCCAAGCAGUCAUAUGUCAUCUGUUACAGUUUGAGAAGAGAUUGCUGAUUACCCCCAUCUUUUCCUCAUCUAAGUCUUUAAUUGUAUUUGUUUAAAGGGAAGAGCAUGGUGAAAACAGCCGUCAUGUGUGUUGCAUUUUCUCCAGGUGAAUUGGGGCAGAGCUGAUCUAUUUUUUAACCACAGCAAUAACCAUACGUUGGGGUUUGAGCGCACCUUGGGAGGGGUGGGAGGACAGACAUUUUAGCCAGAGACUGUUUAAAACAAAACCAAAAACCUAAGUAGAGCAUUACAGUCCUCUGUGGCUGCUGUGUUUCUGCAGAAAGCAACUUAUUUUAUUGACUUUUUUUUUUUUUUAAGGAAAAGAAAUAAAAAGACCCCAGCAAGCAAAAACAUUUAAAAAAUGAUUUUUUUUCUCCUACUUAAGUGGUUCUUUCUCCCUUUGCUCUACUUUUGGAGAAUGAACUUAACAUCCCGGCUUCUUAUGUUAAGCCAUAGCUGACCUUAAUCUGUGGUUAGUUUAUUAAAAUAAUUAAAAAUACUUUAUAAGAAGAGAUAUUUUUGAUAUUAGGACUGAUGUUGAAACAUAUAGGGGCAAUUUAUAAAAAGGUAGUUAGAGAAAUAUAUUUUAGUGAACUAUAACCACAGAGCACAGAUGACUCCCAAUGAGCUGAUCUGUCUUUAGGUUUCUCCCUUUCCCUGACCCUUCCUUGUUCUUUAGGGGCUGGGAGUGGGGAUGUGGACACAGUAGGGGGAGCUACUUCUCAUUUUGCACAAAGCACAAGUCUGAACAGCCUAUGCUCUGGCCAGAGCCAUUUCUAAGAGCUUUAAACUGGAAGACCUAUCCUGGGCCAAUUUUCCUUUUUCUUUAUAUUUUUUUCCGGGAAAAAAAGUCAACUAUGCAAUUGUAUACACUCCCGGGUGCAUGUGAAGAAGGGGAAUAAGUGUACUUAUGUGUCCAGAGUAUUAACUGGGGCUGUUUUUCUGUGUUUGGAUUUCUCUUUUGAGGUAUGUACUCAUAACCCAUCCCUUGGAAUGUAAUCCCCACAUUUGAUCUAAAGCACUUGCGUGUGCAUGCAUGCGCGUGCGUGCAUAUGUGUGUGUGUGUUUUCCUCCUCGGUAGCCAGUCAAGAUUGUCCUUGUUGGAAAUGCUCACAGUUUAGAAAGGUUAUUUUCUCCUCAACAAACUCAAAAGUCACCUAUUUUCCAAAUCUGAUUUAAUAAUUUCCUAUGGCUAUUAAUUCUUAGGGUUUUCUUUGAAAAUAGAUUUGUUUUAAGGAAGCAGUGAGAUUCCAAAGGAAGGGAUGUGUAUAUGUCUAGGCAGGUCUGGAACCUGGUAUGAGAUGAGCACUCCCCUAAGGUGCAAAAUUUAAGGGUUACUAUAAAACUCAUUAAUCAAGAUACUUUAAAAAAUGCAGUAUUUUAAAAAAUUAAUGCAAAAAAUUUAUGUUGAAUAAAAUAGCGAAAUCUUACAGGAUCUGACAGGAUUGAGAUUAGGAGGAGGGAAGUGAGGCUGAAUUGAAUAAGUAUGGGGAUGAAUCCUUAUUUAAAUUUUUGAUACAUUGUCCAUCAUAGAUUUUUUACAUUAAUUGUGAAUUUUUAAAAAUGUUGCAUUAAAAUAGUAUUUAUCUUGGUUACUGGGUUUUUUGGCACUCCUUAAAUUUUGUGCCCAAGGUGAGUGCUUUGCUCACCUCACCCUAGUUACGUCCCUGUUUCUGUGAUUUGAACAACACUAGUGGGAACACCACUGUGUGCGCCUCCACCCCCAUCACACACCAAACAACAGGUGGCUCAGACACCCUGAAUUUGCACAGCUCACCUAGCUUUCCUAAUUGAGGCCUUCAUAUCAUAGAAUGCUGGCCUGGACCAAUAGGAAUGAAAACAGACCAGGGGUUUUCCCAGAGAAUAAAGCCGGAAAAGUUUUGAUUCUCCACUAGACUGCUGUGUUUGGAUUUGAUCUGUUGUUAGAUUCUAGUUAACACUUUUGUUUUUAAAAACUGAGGACAAAUGAACAAAAAACCUUGUAUCAUGUUUGUUUUUAUUUAUAAGUUAGCCAGUCCCAAUUCCUUUUGCCUUAUUUUCAAAUAAAAAAAGAUGGAAAUUUUGAGGGGUGGUCUAGGGGUGAAUAUGGUAAAAUGGGGCUUUAGGCCUUAUAGCUUUUUAUUAAGAAAUAAAUUAUUUUUUUUAUUUGGGAGGGUAACUAUUUAUUGAGGCAUUGAAAAACCUCUCCAUUCUAAGGAUGAGAGACCCUGAGACAAUGGAUAUUUUUUAUAGGAGAGAGUGAAGUUUGUUUUGCUUCAUUCUUUCAGGGAGGGUCUUAGUGGGAUAGGGGGAGGUGAAGGAAUAAUGCCUGGGAAAUUAAUAUAGAUUCAGCUUGGUUUGUGGUAUUUUGGGAAGAUGAGGGAAUAGAAGAGGCAAGCCCAUGUCGUUACUGGGUUGGGGAGAAGGAAAGAAGGGGCAUAUGGCCUGCACUUGAAAUGGGCAGAAAAAAUCCUUAGUUAAGGAGGGGUGUGUAAGUGAAGGGGGAAGGUAGACCCUUUAACCCCAAGUGAGGGAUGAUAUCAUCUCUCAGGCUUAAAUUCAAGUGCACUUAGUUCCUUUAAUCCAGGGCAACUGGGGUACCUACUGAAGUUUUUAAUGGAGAGGGGAGAUUUUCAGGGUUCUUGUUUUUUCCUUUUUGAUGUUAGACAGUGCUACUCCCUCCCUGCUGUGCUCUCUGCCCCAUCUCCAAUGGAGUAAGUAUUACUGUAGGAUAGGCCUCUGCUUCUCCCUUAACCUAUGCUGCAUUUAUUGAAAGUUACAAGAUUUAACCAGAAGUUUUUCCUCCAUACUGGCUUUUAUCAACAAAAUAAAAAGAUUAUAUCCAAA